AUGGCUACUAAAAAUACAGAAAUAAAACAAAAUGUUUUUUUAUCAAAUAUUUUUUGCCAUUCUGAAGAUUUAAAAAAUUUAAUAAGGAUAGAUUCAAAGAAAAGAACUCAUGAGAAAACUAAGGGGAAAAAUUAUUUAUCGGCAAUAAAUUUUUCCUAUGAUAAAAAUGAAAACGAUGACCCUUUCAAGGUUGAAGAAAUAUACGACAGAGAUUUUUCGUCAAAAGAAAAAACAUGCAAACUAUUUGUCCCGUUUAAAAAGAGGAAAGAAAAAGAGCCUCGAUUUAUUACCAUUGAAAAAUUAAAAAAGGAAUAUAAAAGUAUUAAUAUUUAUGAUUUGUUAAAUGAGAAAAAGAAAUUAUUAGAUAUAGAGGAAAUAAAAUUUACUUGGGAAGACAUAUUAAAUUAUGAUGAUUCAUCCUUUGAUAUAUUUACAAUUGAAGAGAUAGUUGAAGAAUUAAAAGAAGAAGAUCAUAUAAAUGAAAUGUAUAGAAAAAAAAAAAAACCUCAUAUAGAAGAAAAAGAAGAAAAAUAUAUAGAACAUAUGAUAAAUGAUGAGAAAAGAAAAAAAAAUAAAAUGAAUGAAGAUUUUAUUAUUCCUUUUAAAGCUAAAGGAGUAUUAUAUACAAAAAUAGAAAUAUUUGAAAGUAUAUUUGAAGAUAUAUAUAUUUAUGAUUAUAAUGAGAAUUCAAAACUAUUUAAAGCAAAAAAAAAAACAAGUAAAGAAUUUUUUUAUAUUAAUAGAAUUCAAUUUUUUUUUACAACUGAAAAUCCUAUAUUAUAUAUUGAAAAAUUAUUUAAUGCUAUAAAAAAUAAAUCCAAUAGUUUAAAAAGGAGAAGAAAAUUUAAAGAAAUUGAUAAUAAUAAUAAUAAUUAUAAAAAUAUUAAUUGUAUUCUUGAUGAUGUUAAUAAUAUUCUACAAAAUAAUUUAUGUCUUCAAAAAUGUAAAGAUAUAGAAAAUAUGAAAAUUAAUUUAAAUUAUUUUUGUAAUAUAUGGUUAGGCAGAACUUUUAUAAAUUGUGCAUUACGUAGAAAACAAUAUUUUAAUAAUAAUAGUAAUAAUAAUAAUAAUAAUUUUAUAUCAUUAUAUGAUAAAAAAAAAUAUAUUAAAUAUUAUAAUUACGAUUUUGAAAAUAAAAAAAAUAUUAUUAAACAAUGUGUACUACUUGAAAAUACAAAAGUUAUGAAAACAUUCCUAGGAAUAGUAACUAAAUGUACUAUCAUACAAAUUUUUAUAUUCGACACAUCAAUAACAAAUUCGUUUGAAUUAAAUGAGUUUUUUCAGUUACAAAAUGUGGCAGUACUAAAGUCUUUUGAGAGUGUUAAUAAUAUAUGGAUGAAUGACAUGAAAUUUAGUAUCGAAGAGAACUUAAAGGAUUGCACCAAAGGAAACUAUAACCUGAAGGAUAUAUCCAUUGAAACGUUCAAAUAUACCAAGAUAAGAAUAUUUUUUAAUAUUUUAAAAUUAAUUAUUGAAAAGAAAAUAAAUGAAAUUUUGAUAUAUAACAUCGAUAUAUUUGUAGAUAUCUUUUGUAAUAAUAUGAAUAAUUAUAAAAAGAAUAAAAAAUAUACUCCUGUAUUUAUUAUAAAUAUUACAAAAAAGUUUGACUCUUCAAAAUUUAUACUAGAUAAUAAUCCUUUAUUAUUUUAUGAAAAAAUAGAAGAUUUAUUUUUUUCUACACUUAUAAAAUAUCAACAAAUAGAAAAAAUAGAAAAGCUAGUUAUACCACAAAUUUUUAAAAAUGAUAAAUUUAUUUUUUAUAAAUCUAUGAAAGAAAAUGAUUACUUUAUAUCUCAAAAAUUAAAUGAAAUCAAAAAUAUUUUUGAAGAAUGUAAAUCUUUAGUUGAUUCAUAUUUAUCAAAAAUAAAUAAACAUGCUGAUAUCUUAAAUUUUAAUGUAAAUGAUGCUAUAAGAAAUAUAGAUAUUAAUACAAGUGUAGAUCAUAUACAAAAUAUUAUAUAUAAAAAUGUAGACAAAAUACAAAAUAUUAAUAAUACUAUUGAAGAUAAUAUUCAUUUGGGAGUAUUCCUCGUCAAAUGUAAGGAUAUGAAACUUUUUAUUAUCAACGAAAUUAAUAAUUAUAUAAAGGCCCUCACUAAUAUAAUUGUCCAGAGGUACAAAGAAAAAUAUACAUCCAACCUUAUGUUUUACAAUUCCGUUAUUAUAAGACUGAAAAAAAAAACUACCAAAAUACAAGAGAUCUAUGAAAAAGAAGAAUAUAUAAAAGACAUGAAAAAAAGCCUUGAUUUCGUUUCUCAAGAUAUUAAAGAAAUCAAUAUAUUAUUUAAUUGCUUAAAUAAAUUAAAUUAUAAAUUUUCUAGUGAUGAUUAUCUUUCAUAUUGGAAAAUUAUAAACAGACCAAGUAAAAUUGAAAAAAUUGUAAAAGAAGUUAAUGAAAAUAUAAAAAAACAAAAAAAUGUUCUAUUAGAAGAAUUAAUUAAUGAUGAAUCCAAAUUCCAAAGUAGUAUUGUUGAUAUGAAGGAAAAUGUACAAUCUAUUAAAAGUUUUAAUGAUGAAAAUAAUUAUUUAAGUAUUAAUAAAUUUAUAUUAACUGUUCAAAAUCAAUUAGCUGUUUUAAUAAAAGAGUCCAAGGAAAUUAAUUAUCGUGAGAAACUUUUUAAUAUUGAAAUAUCUGAUUUUUCUAUACUCUUAAAAAUACAAAAUGAACUCAAUUUAUAUUACACAUUCUGGCUCAUUUACAAAAGCAUAAAGUCCAUGGAUGAACGAUUCGAAAAAAAAAUAAAUUCAUUAAAUCAUAAAAAAAUAGAAGAUGAUUUCAAUUUGAUUUUAAAAAAUAUGAAUAAAAUUAAUAAACAUGCUAAUGAAUAUUAUAAAAAUAAAAAUAGUCUAAUUAAAAAAAUGAACGAGAAAUUGCAAUUUUUCAAUUCAUAUGUGUCCCUAUUAAUAUCAUUGAGAAAACCUAGCAUUAAGGAUAGGCAUAAAAAUCAGAUAGCUCAAAUCAUUGACGAGAAAAAAAACAUCGACUUCAAUAAUAUAACCUUUAACGAAUUAUUAAAAUUAAACAUUAAUAAUAAAAUUACAAGUAUUAUUAAUAUUUGUGAGAAGGCAAAUAAGGAAAAUGCAAUCGAAAAGUUUUUAUAUAAAAUAAAAAAUAACUUUAGUAAAAUAAUAUUUCAAAUGAAACAUGAAGAAAACAAUAAAAUAUUUAUAAUUUCUAAUUUAAACGAAAUAUUAACAAAAAUAGAAGAAAAUCUUGUGUUAAAUCAGAAUCUACUAAUAAUAAAUAUAUAUGAAAUAUAUCAUAUAGACAUAAUUAAUAAUCAAAACAUGAUGAUAAAUGCUAAUAGUAUUAUAAAUACUUUAAAGAAAAGUCAGAAUUUGUUUUUGUAUUUGAGUAGGAUAUUCAUUUUGACGGAUAUAUCCAAGCAGUUGAUCAAUGAAUCGAAAAAAUACAAAUUAAUCCACAGUAACUUUUUGAAUAUUUACAAAGUGAUAGAAGAAGAUAAGAAACUUGAAAAGUUUUGCACAAGAAAAGAUACAAAAGAGAAAUUAGGAGAAUUGUAUAAUAGUUUAAAUUUUUUAUUAAAAAGUAUAAAUGAAUAUUUAGAUUUAAAAAGAGAAAUAUUUAAUCGUUUUUAUUUUUUAAGUACAGAUGAUUUAAUAAAUUUAAUAUCUUCUAAUAUAAAUGAUCAAAUUAAUACUUAUCUUUUUAAAAUUUUUAAUAGUAUAUAUAAGCUUGUAAUAGUAAAUGGAUAUAUAGUAUCUUUUAAAUCUCAAAGAGGAGAAGAAUUAUUAUUAUGCAAUGAAAUAAAAAUUGAAAAAAAAGAAAUAACAGAAAUAUUAUUACAAGUAGAAAAAGAAAUGUUCUUUAGUGUAAAAAAACAGAUAUAUGAAAAUUUAAUUGAAUAUAAAAAUUUGAUAGAUAUAAAAGAAGAUGAUUUUUUAAAAAAUAAUGAAUUCCGAAAUUCAUCUCAUAGAAAAUCAUAUAACCAUAAAAAUUUGUCUUCUGAUAAAUAUAAAAAAAAAAGUAAUGAUCAUUUUAAUGAUAAUUCAUCAGAAUAUUUUUCAUAUUCAUCAAAUAUGUCCAACUCUUCAGAUUCAUCUUAUGUUACUUCACCUUUAUCUAAUGAAAAAAAAAAUAAAUUUUAUGAUAAUUACAACAAGUCAUAUCAUCAAACAAAAGACAUCAAAAAUAAUAAUAAUGAUCAUAAUAAUAAUAAUAAUAAUAAAUAUAAUGUCGAAAAAAGUAAUCCAAGUGAAAGAUAUUCUACACAAAAUAAUAUGCGCAUGAAAAAUUAUAAAGAAAAUGAUUCAUCACUUCAUAAUAAUAUAUCAUAUGAAGCAAUAAAUAAAAAGAUUAUAUUUUGUUUAAAUAAAAAUAGUCAAUUUGUUCUUAUAAUAAAAAAUUUAUUUUGGUCUAAUUUAGUUGAAUUAUUUUUGAAAUAUAAUAAUUUAAAUAAAUAUAAAAAAAUAUUAAAUGAAGAAUUAUAUGAAUAUAUAAAUAUAAUAAAUAAAGUAGAUAAAAAGAAAAGUGUCUUAUUGCAUACACUUAUCAUUUCGCUAGUUCAUAAUAGAGAUAUAGUACAAGAAUUAAUUAAAAAAAAAGUUAAUGAUUGUAAUAAUUUUAAUUGGUUAAUACAAUUAAAAUAUUUUUAUUAUAAUAAAAAUUUAUAUGUAAAAUAUUUAAAUGAAUCACAUAUAUAUGGAUAUGAAUAUAUUCAUAAUGAUAAUCAAAUUAUAUUAACCAAUUUAAUAAAUAAAUAUUUUAUAUCUAUAUUACAUUCUUAUAGUUCUAAAUUAGGUGUUUGCUCAGUUGGAUUAGCAGGCACAGGAAAAACAGAAACUACAAAAUAUUUCUCAAAAUUUGUAGGUAAGUUUUAUUUUGUAUAUAAUUGUAGUAGUAAUAUAAAUUUUGAUUUCUUGAAAAAUCUAUUCUUUGGAAUAGCAACAAAUGGAAUUUUUUUUUGCUUCGAUGAAUUUAAUAGAAUAUCUAUAGAAGCUCUCAGUGUUCUAGCUCAACAAUUAUGUAAUUUAUUUAAUGCAAAAUCAAAAAAAUUUGUUAUGAAUAAUAUGAAAAAAAAAAAUUAUAAUAAAACAAAUACAAGACAAAAUAAAACAGAACAAAAUAGACUUACAGGUCCUAAUCAUUUGAAUGCCCUUGCGAUGGAUCCUAAAAAGGAGGUUUCAAAAGGGGAGGGAUUGCAUAAAAUAAAUAGCAUAAAUAAAAUAAGUGCACCAGAUAAUAUAAAUAAUUCCAACAAUAAUACAAAUGAAUAUAUUAAGAAUGACAAUGAUGAUGAGAAAGAAUUAUAUAAACCAAAUAAAUCAAAUAAUAAAAACAAUAUAAAUAAUAUAAAUAAUAAUUAUAAUAAAUUACACCUUAAUGAAAAAAAAAGUGCCAUUUGUAAAAAAAAAAAAAAAAUGUUGUUUUUUGAAGGGAAAUAUAUAAACAUUAAUGAAGAAUUUAAUAUAUUCAUUAUUAUUAAUCCUUUUUAUAAAGGUAGAAGUGAAUUACCAAAUAAUAUAAAAUCAUUAUUUAGAUCUUUUCAUUUUAUAAAGCCUGAUUUUUUUACAAUCGUUCAAGUUAUGUUAUAUUCUAAUGGAUAUAAAUAUAGUAAAAUAUUGUCUAAAAAAAUACUUUUAUUAUUUGAUCUAUGUGAGCAUAAUCUCUCUAACCAGAAACAUUACAAGUAUGAUUUGAGAACUGUUAAGAAGAUAACAUAUGUUAUGGGCAAAAUUAAGGAGGACAAGGCAGAAGGUGGUAAUAAUAGUGAGGGGGAUUCUAUAAAUGGAGAUUCUAUAAAUGGAGAUUCUAUAAAUGGAGAUUCUAUAAAUGGAGAUCCUACAAAUGACGAUGCUACAAAUGGAGGUACUACAAAUGACGAUGCUACAAAUGGAGGUACUAUAAAUAACGAUGAUGAUAAUAACAAUUACAAGUGCAGCAUUUAUCAUGAAUACAAAUUUUUAUUUAUUGCCAUCAUAGAAUGCAUCAUGCCUUCCAUAGUAAAAAAUGAUAUUUACCUGUUCCUACAAAUUUUGAAAAAUAUCUUUUAUGAAUUAUAUACAUAUAACCAAUCAUUAAAUAGUUCAAGAAAAGAAGAAAAAGAUGUUAACUUAAAAAAUAUUUUAUCAAAUAAUAGGAAUAAUGAUAACAGUAUUUUGACGUAUUUAAAAAGUUUUUAUUCAAAUAUAAAUGAUGAGAAAAAAAAAAAGAUAUCGAAGAAAAGAAUGAAGGAGGAAGAAAUUCAAAAUUUACAAAUAAAAUACAAAGAAUAUAACAAUAAAGACAAUAAUAAAAAAAAUGAUGACAAUUAUUUUGAUAGCAAAAAAAUAACAAAUAAGGAUAUUACUAAUUUCAAUAGUUCAAAUAAUUUGAAAAAAAAAAAAAAUCAUAUAUGCAAUAUAGAUGAUGUGUCAAAUUAUGAUAUAUUAAAUGAUGAAGUUUCAAGAAAUAAAGAAACAUUAUUAUAUAAAAACAAAGAGCUUGAUUAUUUUACAAAUAAGGAUAAUAUUGAAAAUAAUAAGAUAGAUAUAUUAAAUGAUAAUAAAAAUAUAAAAAUAAAUAUAAAAAAAAGGAAAUUUUUACAUAAAAAAGAAAUAAUAGAAGAUUAUUUAAAAGGUAUGUUAAAAAAAAAAAUGUUAGAAUUAAAUUAUGUGUGUACUGAUAGAUAUAUUACUAAAUUAAUUCAAUUAUAUAAUAUGAUAAAUUUUCAUACUGGCAUAUUAUUUUUAUCUUAUCCUUUAUCAAAAACAACAUCAUAUAAAAUAUUAAGUAGAACUAUUAAUACAAUUAAUGAUAGAGAUAUUAUAAAAACAAAAAUUAAUGAUUAUAUAAUUAAUGCUAAUGUUGUAAAAGAAAAAGAUCUUUUAGGUUUUUAUGAAGAAGUUUCAAAUAAAUGGGUACAUGGAAUAUUAACUAAAAAGAUUUUAGAUAUUAAUACAUCUUAUAAUGAUGCAGAUAAUUAUUUAAAUAUAAUAUAUUUUGAUUGUUAUUUACAUUCAUUAUGGAUAGAAAAUUUAAAUUCUGUUUUAGAUGAAUCAAAAAUUUUAUGUUUAUCAAAAUGCGAUAUUAUACCUAUAUAUAAUCAUACACAUUUUAUUAUGGAAACAUAUAAUUUAAAAAAUAUAACUAUGGCUACUAUAAGUAGAUGUGGUUUAAUAAUUUUAAAUACAUAUGAUUUAAAUAUUGCAUCUUAUAUAUGUUCAUAUAUUAAUAAAUUAUCAAAUAAUUUUGAUAUUAUUCAUAAACAUAUUUUAUUAAAUUUAUUUCUUGUAUUUUUUUAUAAAAGUGUAUUAUUUAUAUGUAUUAAUCAUCUAUUUGUAUAUUCAUUUAAUGAAUAUUAUUAUUGUAUUUCUUUUAUUAAAUGUUUAGAUAGUCUCUUAUCAUAUUGCACAUUCGAAAUUACAGAUGCAAAUAUUAAAACAGAGCAAUUCCAAAAAUUUAUCACUUGUAUAUUUAUCUAUUCUUUAAUAUGGACAGUCGGUUCAAAUACUUAUAAAAGGGGAAGGAAAAUAUUUAAUGACUUCCUAUGUGCUAAUAUUUUAAAAUAUAACUUAAAGAUAACAUUCCAAACAUUAGAAGGCCGAAUAAUUGAUAUAAGACAGAUAAAUGAAAAUGAAAAGAAAAAGAAAGAAAACGAAACUAUAGAUGGUUCUUUUUUCUCAUCAGAUGGAAAAGAAAUCAAUGGGCAGGAGAAUAAAAUGGACAUCAAAAAGGUGAGUCCUGAGUUGCAAAAUGUUAAUGAUAUAAAAAGUGUAGACAUGAUAAAAAGUGUAGACAUGAUAAAAAAUGUAGACAUGAUAAAAAAUGUAGACAUGAUAAAAAGUGUAGACAUGAUAAAAAGUGUAGAUGGUGUUAUAAAUUCACACUUAGAUAAGGGGUGCACAAAAAAUAUUAAUAAUAACCAUAUCAAAAGAACAAAUAAAAUGAACAGGGACAUAAUUAAGAAUAACCAUUGUGAAUAUAUAAAUAAUACAAGUAAUAAUAAUUUCGAAACACCAAAUGAUAAUAAAGAAAAAUAUUGUAAUAAUAAAGAUGAUGUUAUUAAUACAAUCAAUAAGAGACAUAUUAAAGAAAAAGCUACAUUGAUAAAAAAUAAUAUGUGUGAAUAUUUUUCAGAUGAAAGUAGCUGUAAUUCUGAUAUAGAUAUAUAUAAUGAGAAGAAUAAAAAUAUUGAUAAAUAUUAUGAGAGCUUAGAUAAUAUAUAUGAUUAUUAUAUAAAAAAUUGUAAAAGGUAUAAAAAUUUAUAUAAAAAUUAUGAUAUAAAUAUAGAUGGAAAUAAUAAUGAUUUCUUUCAAAAAUGUUAUGGGAAUUAUAGUUCGGAUUCAAAUAGUAGUAAUGAUCAGAGAUAUUUAAAAAGAAAGGGUAAGAAAAAACAAACAUAUAGAAGAAAUAAAAUUGAAUCUUAUAUAAAAGAUGAUAUUAAAAAUAAUAAAAGUGAUGAUAUAAUUAAUAAGGAUAAUAUUAAUAAUUACCAUAAUUAUGAUGAUUAUAUAAAAAAAUAUAGUUAUGAAGAAAACGUAGAUGAUAUUCUUCAUAAUGUUAAUUAUUACAAUGAUAUUUAUAAUUUAACUCAAUCAUCAGAAGAAAAAAAAAAAAAAGAUCAUAUGGGUUAUGAAAUGCCAAAGGAUAUAUCAAAAAAAUCAAAUACUUUUCUAUAUAUGAAUAAUAAUGAAGAGAAAAAGGGGAAUACACAUAUGACAACUGAAGUGGAAAAAGAAGGAAAUGAUAUGGAGACAAAUAAAGAUAAAUAUAAAAAUAAUGAUAAUGAUAAUGAUGAUUUUAAUAGUCAUUAUGAUAAUCAAUAUGAUAAUAAUUGUGAUGAUGACAUUGUGAAGGGUGAAAAAAGACCCUUUGAAAAGACUAAACUAGAUAUUAAUUUAUUUAAUUAUUAUUUUAAUUAUCAGAAAAAUCUGUUGAGCCAUUUAAAUUAUGAUGAAAAUAAAUUUACAUGCAUAGAUGAUUAUAUGAAUAAUACAGAUAUUAUGAUUAAACAAAAGAAACAUAUAUCUAUAUUACACAAUAUUGAUAUAUUUAUAAAAAAUAAAAAGAAUAUUAUCAUAGGAGGAUGUAGUAAUAUAGGUAAAACAUUAAGUGUUGAUUAUUUUUUAAAAAAAGUAAUUAGUAAAGAUAAAUUUUUUCCAGUUGAAUUUUUUUUUUCUAAUAGUACUAAGAGUAAACAUGUUAGAAAUCAUAUAGAAUCUAAAUUAAUAAAAAGAAGAAAUAAUUAUUAUGGAACUCCAAAUAAUCGUAUAUGUAUUUUUUAUAUAGAUGAUAUAAAUAUUGAAACAAAUAUUGGUGGUGUUAAAAAUAGUCAUUCAUUAUCAUGUCAUGAAUUUUUAAGAAUGUUAUUUAAUUAUAAAUAUUUUAUUGAUGAAAAUUUAAAUUAUAAAUAUAUAGAAGAUAUAACUUGUAUAGGAACAAUGAAUAAUGCAUAUAGUACUAGUAAUAAUAAUAAUAGUCGUCUUUAUAAUAAUUUUAAUAUUAUAUAUUAUAAUAACUAUAAUUAUAAAGAAAUAUAUAAUAUAUUCUUUAAUUAUUUAAAUUGUCUAUUUAAUGUAUAUGAUAUAAAUAUUAAAAGUUUAAUACCCAAUUUAGUUCAUAUGCAAAUAGAUAUUUAUAAAUCAAUAAAAUAUAUGAAAUAUAGCAAUAAAAUGAAUAGUAACAAAAUGAAUAGUAACAAAAUGAAUAGUAACAAAAUGAAUGGUAACAAAAUGAAUAAUAAUAAUAAUAAUAUGAAUAAUUCUUGUCAUAGUUAUAAUUAUAUACAACAUUCUGAAUAUACAAACAAAGAAGUUGAUGAACUCUUUUUACAUUUUUGGGAUAUUAAUAACAUGAAAAAUAUAUUCAAAUAUAUUUCAUAUCUAUCUAAAAAUAUAAAUAUUAGAAAAGAACAAAUGCUUUUAUAUUUUUUAUAUGAAAAUAAAUCUUUCUAUGUUGAAAGUUUUCUUUCAAAAAAAAAAAAAAAAAAAUGUAAAGAAAUUAUUAAAAAUCAUUUUAAAAAAUAUUUCAAUGAAGAAGAUAAAAAUAAUAAUUUUUUAAAUACAUAUGAUAAUUUAUUAUUUUGUAAUUUUCUUAAUUUAUAUCAAAAAAUAUAUGAACAAGUAUAUGAUAUAAAUGAUUUAUAUAAUUGUAUACAUACAUAUAUAUCUGAAUAUAGUAAUAAUGAAAAACUUAAUUUAAUUAUAUUUGAUAAUAUUCUAAUAUAUAUAUGUAAAAUAACAAAAACAUUUAUGAUAGACAAUUCUCAUAUUAUAUCUAUAGGAAUUAAUGAUAGUAUAAAAAAAAAUGUAACUAAAAUAUGCUCAUAUAUUAUUAAUAAAAUAUUAAUAAUAUCAGAACUAAACAAAAAUAGUAAAAAAAAAAAUUUCAAAGAAGAAAUUAAAAGAUGUCUAUUUGAUUGUGCUAUAUAUGAAAAAAAAUGUAUAUAUUAUUUAAAUGAUAAAAAUUUUAAUAAUCUACCUUAUAUAUUAGAAAAUCUAAAUAAUAUAUAUAAUUAUCAUGAUAGCUAUUUAUUAUAUACACAAGAAAAUUUUAAACAUAUAUUCAAUGAAUGUAAAAAUAAAUGUGAUCAACAUCAACUUAUAAGAAAUAUAACCAAUAUUUAUAAUAUAUAUAAAAAUACAAUCAAACAAAAUUUCCAUGUUAAUUUAAGUAUUUCUUUAAACACAUCUUAUCAAAUUCAAAAAUAUCCAUAUAUAUUAAAAAAUUCUUAUAUCAUAUAUUUUGAAGAAAAUAAUAAUGAGGGAUUGCAUAUAAUUACUCAAAAUUUUUUUAUUAAUCAUUCACAGGAAGGAAAAAUUAAAAUGUUUAAUAUACCUUCUAAGAAAAAUAUAAAUAAAAAUAUAAAUAUAAAUAUAAAUAAAAAUAUAAAUACAAAUGGUGAUACAAAUAACAAUAUUUCAGAUAAAGAAAUAAAUACAAAUGAUAAUAACAUUAUUGACAAAGAGAAAAAUGUUAUAUUAGGAGAUAAUCAUUUAUAUGAUAAUAAAAUUAUAAAAAUAAAAAAUCAAAUAAAUCCUACACAUACUUAUAAUAUUCAUAAUAACAACCAAUAUGAUGGUCAACUUGUUACUUGUAAAAUAAAUACACACCAAAAUAAUGAACAGCAUAUAAAAGACAAAGGGGAUAAGAUUAAUUUGAAUGAAAAAGAUACAAAUGAUAUGAUAAAUAUAAAAGGUUAUAAUAUAAACAACCCAAACAAUAACAACAACAAUAAUAAUAAUAAUAAUAAUAAUAAUGUGAAGGAUCAUUGUGAUAUUUUUAAGACAUAUAAUACACGUCCAACAAAUUUGUGCAAUCAACAAAUUAAAAACGAAGAACUUCUACAAGUUGAUAUAGAAAUGAUAAAACAAGAAGAAGAUAUGAAAUGUCUAGAAAAGAUUAUUGAUAAUAAAAUAUUUAUUAGGAUACAUAAAGAAAUAAUAAUGUUAUCUAAAAAAUAUUUAAAUGAAAAAGGAAUUAAUGUAUGUAUUAAUUCAAAUAAAUAUCUACAUUUUCUUGAACAUUUCGAUUAUUUAUUUUUUAUUAAGAAAAAAGAAUAUGAUAAACAUAUUGAUUUAUAUAGUAAAGCAUUACAUAAAUUACAUAAGUGUGAAGAGGAUAUAAAAAUUAUGAAAAAUAAUUUAUUAAAUAUUCAACCUAUUUUAAAUAGUACUAAUAUUGAAAUGAAGAAAAAAGUUAAUGAAAUUGAAAGAGAUACAAAAGAUGCAUAUAUAAAACAAUCUGAAAUAAAAAAAAAAGAAAAUGAUGUUAAAAAUAAAAUAAAAAAUAUAACUAAUCUAAAAAAUAUUGUAAAUGAAGAAAUUAGUAAAAGUUUUGCUUUAUUAAAUGAUUCCUUAAAUAAUUUAAAUAAACUAAAAGUAGAACAUCUAAGAGAAUUAAAAGCCUUUGUGAACCCACCUUCUAUUGUUGUUAUGGUCAUACAAUGUAUUUUAACUUUUCUAAAAGAAGAUGAAAAAUAUUUAGAAUCUAAAAUUAUUAGACCUAAAAGUGUGAAUUAUUGGAUUUUAGCACAAAAAACAAUUUUUAGAGAUUCUAAAGUUUUUCUAGAUAAUUUAAAACAUUAUGAUAAAAAUUUAAUUGAAGAAGAUAUGAUUAUAAAAAUAUCUCCAUUAAUCAAAAAUAAAAACUUCAAUCCUAAAUUUGUUAGAAAAGCUUCUAAAGCUUGUGAAACCAUGUGUCAAUGGAUUCUAGCUAUUUAUCAUUAUUUUAUUAUUAAUAAAGAAUUAGAACCUAAAAAAGAAGAAGUUCUUUUACUAGAAAAAGAAAUAGAUAAAGAAUUAAAAUCUCUAGACAUAUGUAGAAAUGAAUUAUUUGUUGUUAAUAAUAAUUUAAAUAAAAUGGAAAAUGAAAAAGAAGAAAUUAAUAUAAAACAUAAUGAAUUAGUUACACAAAUUGAAAAUAUAAAACAAAAAAUUAAAAGAUCAAAAGUUAUAUUAUCAUCAUUAUUAGAUCAAGAACUUAAAUGGAAUAAUAAAAAAAUAUUCUAUAUUAAAAAAAGAGAUUUAUUAAUAGGUGAUUGUAUUAUAGUUUCUACUCUUAUUAAUUAUAUACCACAUUUUUCAUAUGAAUAUAGAAAAAUAAUUAAAUUAAAGAUAAAAAAAAUAUUAAAUUUAUUUCAUAUUAAAUAUACUAAUAACAUAUCCAUUCCUAAUUUUUUAGAAUCCAAAAUUAAUUUAGAAAAGUGGGUAGCAUAUGGAUUAACUAAUAGUACAUACUAUUUUGAAAAUGUAAUAAUAAUGAAUAAAAGCAUAAAAUAUAAUUUAUUAAUUGAUCCUCAUUUUAUUGCAACUAAUUUUCUUAAAAAUUUAUAUCACAAAAAAAGAGAAGUACAAAUAUUAAGAAAUAAUAGUUCUAACUUUAUAGACAAAAUAGAAAAAGCAAUGCAACUAGGAAAUAUUAUCAUAUAUACACAUUAUGAUGAUUCAACACUUUUAUUUUCAUCUCUUUUUCAUUAUAAAAUUAAUAGAACAUUAUAUGAUUUUCAUAAAAUUAAAAUGAACAAAAAGGAGGACACCUGUGAUGAUCAUCAGCAGAGGCAAACAAAACCAAUCAAUUUGACAAACGAUUUUUUGGAUAAACCUCUGGGUUCUCAUAAGAAUGAAAAGAAUGAAAAGAAUGAACAUAUAGAUGGUCAUAAUAGUGAUGAUAAAAAAAAAAGUGACCAUACUAAAAAUUGUGAUGACACUAAAAAUUGUGAUGACACUAAAAAUUUUGAUGACACUAAAAAUUGUGAUGACACUAAAAAUUGUGAUGACACUAAAAAUUGUGAUGAUACUAAAAAUUGUGAUGACACUAAAAAUUGUGAUGACACAAAAAAUUGUGAUGACACUAAAAAUUGUGAUGACACUAAAAUUUGUGAUGACACUAAAAUUUGUGAUGACACUAAAAAUUGUGAUGAUAAUAAUAACAAUUUAAAAAUAAACUGCGUUAAUUUCAACAACAAGAUAAUUACUGUAGAUCCAUUGUUUGAUAUAUAUUUUAUAGUAUAUGGUAAUAUUCAAUUUGAUGAUAUUACACAGAAUUAUUUAAAUAUAAUAGAUUUUAAUAUAAAUUUGAAAAUAUUAGAAGAAUAUUUUUUAGAAAACUUAAUAGAAAAACUAUCAAAAAGUUAUAAUGAAAAUAGAUCUAAUUUGAUUCAUCAUAUUCAUAAUUUAAAUAAUCAAAUAAUAAUAAAAGAAAAAGAGAUAUUACAUAUUUUAAGUUAUAAAGAAGAUAUAUUAUGUGAUGAUGAUAUUGUUAUAACUUUUGAAAAUGCUAAUAACCUUUUUUAUGAAAAUAAGAAAAAAAUUAAAGAAUUUAAAAUAAAUAAAAAAGAAAUAAAUAAAAUGAGAGAUAAUUAUAUGAGUAUGGCUAAACAUAUUGCUGUUAUAUAUAUUUGUAUAAAUAAUUUGAUUACAUUAAAUUUUUUUUAUAAUUUCUCUAUAUUAUCUUUUAUUAAUUUAUUACAUAUUAGUAUAGAUAAAUCUGAUGAAAAUAAAUUAUUAGAAAGAAGAAAAAAAGAUAUACUUAAUAUAUUUACUACAAAAAUACAUUACGAAAUUUCAAGAACAUUAUCUGAAAAACAUCAACUUAUUUUCUUCUUCUAUAUGGUUUGUAUGAUAAAUAUAUAUAAAAAAGACAUCGAUUAUGAUGAUUAUUAUUUUCUUAUAUAUGAUGAAUUUCCUCAUACAUCUGAUAUUAAAAAUGAAAUUGUUAAAAUGGAAAAAGAAAAAUCAAAAGAAGACGAGAAAAAAAAUAAUAAUAAAAUAAAUAUUCAUGAUGAACACAGAAAUGUCAAUGUUUAUAUAAAUACAUCUGAUAAUUAUAACAAUAUGCAAUCAGAAAAAAAAAGUAUUUCUUCUGAUGAAAAUUAUCAAUAUGAAAGUGAACAAUCUGAUACUACCCUUUCAGGUUCGGAUGAUGUAUCUUUGUGUAGUUUACAAUCUGAGGGUAGUGAAAAGGAUUCUUCGCAUCACCCCGAUUCAUUAAAAAAAAACAAAAAUGAUAAUAAUAGUGAUAGGAAUAGUGAUCAUAUUAGUAAUCAUAUUAAUGGUCAUAUUAGUGAUCAUGUUAAUCCAAUAAAUGAAAAGAAAGAUAUAGAAUACAUGUCUAUACAUAAGAAAAAAGCAAAAGACGAUUUUGUUAACACGUUUGAUAAUAAUAAUAUUUUUGAAAAAGAAGAACAAAAUAAAAAUGAAGAUUCAGAAUUUAUUUUUGAUUUUGAUACCAAAAAAUUAACAUGGAUGAAUAAAAAAGAAUAUUUAAGUAUUAAAAAAUUAAUAAAAAAAAAAAAAUUUUAUGAAUUUUUUAAAAAAGUUCUUAAUGAAUAUGAAUAUAUAUUUAGAAAUAUAAAAUCAGAUCAUACAAUAUUACAACAUAAAGAUAUUAAAAAUUUAUUAACUAAUUUUGAAAAAUUAAUUAUAUAUAAAAUAUUUAGAUUUGAUAUAUUAAAAUUAAAUAUGAAUAAUUAUGUAGAUAAAUAUCUAAAUAUACAAACAUCUAGUUACACAAAAGAUUUAUAUAAAUGUUAUGAACAUUCAUCUAAAUAUAAACUUAUUCUAAUUUUAUCUAAACAUCAUUUAAGUACAGCUAGCGAAAUUAUGAUUCUAAGUGAAAAAAUUACAGGAAAAAAUAAUUUAAUUAUAUAUAAUAAAAAUGAUGUAAAUUAUUUAAUUGAUAUAUUAAAUGAUUCUAUAAAAAAUGGAUUAUGGGUUCUCAUAGAAAAUGCUCAUUUAAAUAUACAUCUAAUUUUAGAAAUAGAAAAAUAUAUAGAAACAUGUAAUAUUCAAUAUUCAAAUCCUGAAUUUAGAAUAUGGAUAAGUACAAGUUCUGUUGAAUAUUUUCCUUAUUAUCUUUUAAAGUUAUGUAUUAAGGUGACAUUUGAAAAUGUAUAUAAUUUGAAAUCUUGUCUUUUAAAUAUUUAUUCAAAUGUGUGUGAUGAUCAGGAGGAUCAGAUGGAAAAGAAAUAUGACCCCGAGGAUGGUGAUAAUAAGAGUGGUUAUGCUAAUAAAAGUGGCAAUGAUAAUUAUUAUGAUGAUAAUUAUGAUGAUGAUAAUUCUAAUGAUGAUAAUUCUAAUGGUGAUAAUUCUAAUGGUGAUAAUUCUAAUGGUGAUAAUUCUAAUGGUGAUAAUUCCAAUUAUGAUAAUUCCAAUUAUGAUAAUUCUAAUGGUGAUAAUUCCAAUUGUGAUGAUAAUGAAAAAAAAAAAAAAAUUCACACAUCAGAUUAUGAAAAUAAUUGUAGCGAAAGCAAUCAAGGAACAUCAUCUGAAAGUUCUCAUGACAAUAUAAAUAUGGUCCCCCCAAAAAAAAAAAAAAAAUUAAAUGAAAAUGAAAAGAUCUUAAUAAACAAAUUAAAUUUUAGUUUAUGUUUUUUUCAUGCAUUAAUUCAAGAAAGAACAAAAUUUAAAAAUAAAGGAUUUAAUAAUUGUUAUGAUUUUACAGAUAUGGAAUUAAGAUUAGCUAAUGAGAAUAUAAUAAAUUUUGUUCAUAAUAAAAAUAUAGAUAUAAAUUUAUUAAUAUAUUUAAUUGGUAAAAUAAUAUAUGGUGGUAUAAUAAUAGAUAUUAAUGAUCAAAAAUGUUUUAAUAUUAUAUUAAAAAAAUAUAUUAAUGAAAAAAUAACAUAUUCAAAUAAUGAAUAUAAAUUUAAUAAUUAUUAUUAUUGUCCUCAUAGUUCAAAUAAAAAUAUUUUUUUAAGAUAUAUUAAAUCGUUACAAUAUGUAACUGACUUUUCUAUAUUUAAUUUACAUCCUUGUCUUAAUAUUUUAUAUAUGAAAAAUUAUAAUUUAAAAAUAUUAAAAAAUCUACAACGAUUAGAAUCAAAUAUAAUGAUAAAAGAUCAACAACAAAUACAUAUCUUUUAUAUUAUUACUAUUCUAAAAAAUAUUUUACCAAAUUUUAUAGAUACUAAUAUUUUAAAUUAUUUAUUUCUAAAUAAUAUUAAUUGUUCUAUUAUAACAUUCUUAAAAAUUGAAGCUGAUAAAUAUAAUUAUUUAUUAACAAUUAUAUAUAACGAUCUAACUAAUAUAAUCAAUUUUCUUCAAAAAAAAAAAAUACAUUCUAAAAAUAUUACUCAUAUAUAUGAUUCAUUAAUUAAUUUAUCUAUACCUAAAAAAUGGAUAACACAUUCUUUCUUUUCUAAUCUACAAAUAUUUCAUUAUGCUACACUUAUACAAGUUAAGGUUACACAUAUAAAGAAAUACAUAAACAAUUAUAAA